AUGACAGAUCACUUGAAUAAUUUUCAAGGAAUUAUGAAUCAGUUAUCUUCCAUGGGUAUCAAGUUCGAUGAAGAGGUUCAAGCAUUGUUACUUCUUGGCUCCUUACCAGACUCGUGGAAAAUUCUCAAAAUGUCAUUGUCUAAUUUUGCUCCUGAUAGUGUAACCUCUAUGGAUCUUGCCAAGAGCAGUGUUUUGAAUGAAGAAAUGAGAAGAAAGUCACAAGUUUCUUACCUUCUUCUUCCAAGUAUUCAUCGAACACACCUCAUUGAUGAUGAUAAUAAUCUUACUACCGUUGAUCGAAGCAUCUUCAAUUUAUCAGAAAACAGGCGUUACGAAUGGAAGAACAUAUUAAACGGUAGUCAUGUUGGAGCAUGGUGUGUUGGUUCUUCUCAUGGCUGGAUUAUACUUUUGGAUCAGAAUGGAAUUCUACUCCUUCUAAAUCCUUCUUCUUCUACUACCAUUAACCUACCACCUCUUCCCCUUUCAUUCUUACACCCUGUUACAUAUUCUUACUUUGCUGAAUAUUUAAGAAAGAUCUUCAUAGUCAAAGAAAUUUUGAUGUUUUGCUCCUUUUCUUCAAGCUACACUCUUGCCAUCAUAUAUGGUUCCGACUGUAAGAUUGCUUAUUGCAAUUCUACAACUUGGGUUGAGAUCUCUCAUGAUAAGCAAUCUUAUUUUCAUAUUGUCUUCAGCAACAAUUAUCUUUUUGCUUUGACACAAGAUGGUUUUAUUGAAGUUUGGGAUGUUUGUGGCCAAAUUCCUGAAAGAUUGUUAGUGUUGCACGUGUGA